UUUCAGCUUCAGGAGAGCAGGUUGGUCCUGAUGAGGAUGGAGAUCUGCCAGUUCAUCCUCCCUCUCUCAUGCCUGCUCCUGCUCACCACAACCAGAGCCUUGGAUAUAAACUAUCCAUUGAGUCCAGUCUGUGCUGUGACAGGAUCUACUGUGGUGAUUCCCUGUGAAUUUGCUUAUCCGCAGUCACUCAGAGUGGAGACAUUCAUGUGGUGUCAUAAUGAUGUUCACUGUGAGCAGCCAACACAUGUCUGUCACAGUGAUAAUACAAACAUCAAUGCUGACUACUGGGGCAGAGCAGAGUGUUUGGGGGACAGAGUGAAGAACUGUGCAUUAAAGAUAAAGGACAUUAAAGACACUGAUGCUGGAGUGUAUCAAUUCGGGUUUACAUCCAGUUAUGUUACAGGAAUAUCAGUUGGUUGGCCUGGAGUGACUCUUCAAGUAUGUGAAUUAAAGGUUAUGGUGACGCGAUCUAAAGGAGUGAGAGAAGGAGAUUCUGUGAUUCUGACAUGUGACACAGAGAGCUGCUCUCUCAGCCAAUCAGAAUUCACCUGGUUUAAGGACGACCAGCCCAUGACAGAGACAAAAUCCACACUUCACUUCAGUCCUGUCUGCAAAUAUCACUCUGGAAAAUACUCAUGUGCUUUGAAAGACAGUAAAGUGUCUAACAAAAUGGAUUUAAUUGUUCAAGGUGGUGCAUGGACUGUAGAUUAUCCAGAGGAAACCCAAUGUGCAGUAAGGAGAUCAACUGAGGUGUUUCAAUGGCAUAUUUUGGCUAAUUGGAGUCUAAUGACAGUAAUCCUAAUGGUUUUGGGAAUUCUGCUGUAUGUUUUACCUAUAAUAAUUUGCAUAAUAGGGUGGAAGAUUAAAUUACUGUGUAACAGAGGAGGUAACAGAGGAGGAAUUAAACAGAGCUGUCAUUCUGAUUCUGACAAUAAUACAUAUGCAGUUAAAGAUGUGAGUAAAAAGCCACCUGAGCAUAACACUCUUAUGACUGCAGCCAGUGACAGAGACCCUGCACGUCAGAAGUAUAGACAUUCCUAUUUCUGAUCAGCUUCUGUUGCAGAACAUUGGUUAUGUGUGUAACAAACUGCCCUAUAAAAUUGUUUUAGCUUAGCUUAAAUAUACAUUAGCUUACAUAUAUAAGGCAUAAUUUUACCUUAAAUUGCUAUUGUUUUUCCAUAAUUUCAACACAGUUUUCAUUCAGAUGGGUUGAUAAUUCAUAUGAAAAGUACCAAAAUGAUUAACUGAAUGAAAAUUCACAGUGGCAAUUGCGUUUAUUACCUAUUCAUUACAUUAAUAACAUGUUUUAUAACCAUUUUAACCUAUUACCCAUAUGUCCUUAACAAGCAAAAAAAAUCAGGGUGCCAUAGGCACUGUGUUAAUGCUGAUCCCUCUAGCAAAAGAAUAUCUUGCUAGAAGAAAACUAAAAAAGAAGAAGAAAUUACUGUGGUCUAAUUGUAAUUAGUUAAGGAUUCUUAAUAGUUUUUUUAUGGUAACAUGCAACUUUAUUCUACCAUUGUCUACCACUGACACAGAAUGACAGCAUACAUCACUAUUUUAGAUAUCAUAUAAGAAAACAGCAGAGACUGAUUAAAUAUAUCAAGUCAAAUGAGCUCAGGGUGACCAAGAGGAAGAAACAGAGACCAAUAAACAGUGGGCUGCAUCCAGGAGUUACAGGGAGGGAAAAAAGGCCAGAGUUGACUGGCCUAGACUGGGUAAAGUUCCAAGAUGCCUGGGGUUAGUCCUCAAAGCUCUAUUUCAGUCUUAUUUUUAUGAUGUGCAUUGUAUUUCAC